UGCAGGGUCACGGUGUGAAGGGACUGUACCGCGGGCUCAGCUCGCUUCUGUACGGCUCCAUUCCAAAGGCAGCAGUCAGAUUUGGGAUGUUUGAGUUCCUCAGUAAUCAGAUGCGGGAUGCUGACGGGAAAUUGGACAGUAAGCGCAGUUUGAUAUGUGGCCUCGGUGCUGGUGUGGCUGAAGCUAUUGUAGUAGUUUGUCCCAUGGAAACUAUCAAGGUGAAGUUUAUUCAUGACCAGAGCUCUCCAAAUCCAAAGUACAGAGGGUUUUACCAUGGAGUCAGGGAGAUUAUUCGAAAUCAAGGCAUUAAAGGGACUUACCAAGGUCUUACAGCUACAGUACUUAAACAAGGAUCCAACCAAGCCAUUCGCUUCUUUGUCAUGACCUCUCUGCGGAACUGGUAUAGAGGUGACAAUCCUAACAAACCAAUGAACCCACUAAUAACAGGA